GGGAUCACAUUCGUUCAACAUGUCAGAAACGCUCCGUCUGCUUCUUGCGUGUUCUUUGUUUUCCGUUGGGUGGAGCAAAGGGAGUUUUUUACAGCGUCCCGCUAACUGCGAUAAAGACGUACGGCUCGCGUAUUCCGUUCUCAGCACACACGACGUUUAUAACAGACUCCAGUGCUCUUUGAAAUGCCUUGAUGAGCCGGCAUGCCUCUCCUUCAACUUUGAAGAUGUGUCUGAUAACAAGACUCGAGUUUGCGAGUUGAAUUCAAGGACUGCGGACAAGAGAGGAAAUAACAUGGAAGCCAGAGAAGGCUACGCAUACUAUGAAAAGGCGAAUGGAUUUGACAGCAGCACCCAAAGUUGCAGUAUAACUAACAAGUCAUAUGCAUACACAGAUAUACAACUCCAGUCUAGGAACUUCCCGACAUAUUACUUUUCAUACGAUACCAGCGCUUCUGACAGAGCUAAAAUCCUUCAGAACGACCAAAAGACUUUCCGAAUCCUACGACCUGGAUUGACGGGAGAGGAAGGAACUGUUUCCAUCGAGUCCAACGAUAAACCGGGUCACUUCUUCCGGUACCGCGCAGACACCAACGCCGUAGAUCUCUGGGGAACCGAUCCAGAAUCUUACAGUCCAGAAACUUUCUACGAGGACGCUACCUUCAAAAUUCGAUACGGCACCUGGUUUACCGGAUAUUUGGCGUUUGAGGCAGCGUAUAAUCCAGAGAAAUAUAUUUCUCACGGAAACUAUCUUUUGUCCGUCGCCACCUUUGCCGAUACAAGCGAUUUCAAAAAUGAAGCUGCUUUCAAAAUAGUUCCAGCUCGGCCCUAUCUUCACACACGCAUUAGGAUGCAGUCCCAAAACUACCAGUCAUAUUAUCUGUCCUACAAUAGCAACAACUACUGCUACAUUAUCAACGGCGAUUCUAAAACCUUCAACAUUUGGAGUCCCGGUCUAACCGGAGUGGCGGGAACAGUGUCCAUCGAAUCUGUUGACAAACUGAACUGGUUCUUUCGGUAUAAAAUCUCCAACUCCGCAUAUGUUCACCUAGAAGACCGCUCUUCUCCCGCACGAGGAAGUUCGAAUUUUGAUGAGGAAGCGACCUUUAUCAUCAGGCAGGAUAUUUUAUACACCGGAUGGUUUGCUCUGGAAGCUUCUACGUUGUCUAACUACUAUCUUCGCCAUUCGUCAACACGUAUGUACUUACACAAUAAUGUUCAUACGUUGGCUGAUGCUGCCUUCCGUUUUGUGGGUAAAACUUAAGGCCAAUGAUGUGGUAUGCGGAAAAAGACCACUAUGGCAGUUAACUGUUUCAUUAUUAAAAGAUCCGUCAAGAUCUGUAUGCUUUUAAGUGUAACAACGUAGACGGGCCUAACACAGAAGUUCAACACAUUUUGGAUGAUAUCA